CCUCACGGGCCCACCGGCGGCGGCGGCGGCGGCGGCGGCGGCGGCGGCGGCGGCAGAGCCCACCGCCCGGGCCCCGAUGAGUAACUCCCGGAAUAACCGGGUGAUGGUGGAAGGGGUCGGGGCCCGGGUGGUGCGCGGCCCGGACUGGAAGUGGGGGAAGCAGGACGGCGGCGAGGGCCAUGUGGGCACGGUCCGGAGCUUCGAGAGCCCCGAGGAGGUGGUGGUGGUGUGGGACAACGGCACCGCCGCCAACUACCGCUGCUCUGGGGCCUACGACCUGCGCAUCCUGGAUAGCGCGCCCACGGGCAUCAAGCAUGAUGGAACCAUGUGUGAUACCUGCCGCCAGCAACCAAUCAUUGGCAUUCGAUGGAAAUGUGCAGAAUGUACAAAUUAUGAUUUGUGCACUGUUUGUUAUCAUGGAGAUAAACAUCAUUUAAGACAUCGCUUUUAUAGAAUUACUACACCAGGAAGUGAGCGGGUUCUGUUAGAGUCUCGUAGAAAAUCUAAGAAGAUUACAGCCAGAGGGAUCUUUGCAGGUGCCAGAGUGGUACGAGGAGUGGACUGGCAGUGGGAAGAUCAGGAUGGAGGAAAUGGACGUAGGGGAAAGGUAACGGAAAUCCAGGACUGGAGCGCAUCAAGCCCACAUAGUGCAGCAUAUGUUCUCUGGGAUAAUGGUGCUAAGAACCUUUACAGAGUUGGCUUUGAGGGCAUGUCUGAUCUCAAGUGUGUCCAGGAUGCCAAAGGAGGUUCUUUCUACAGAGAUCACUGCCCUGUGCUAGGUGAGCAGAAUGGCAACAGGAAUCCUGGUGGAUUGCAGAUUGGUGACCUGGUGAAUAUAGAUCUUGACCUAGAAAUUGUACAGUCUUUGCAGCACGGUCAUGGAGGAUGGACUGAUGGCAUGUUUGAGACUUUAACUACAACUGGAACUGUUUGUGGCAUUGAUGAAGAUCAUGACAUUGUAGUACAGUAUCCAAGUGGCAAUAGGUGGACCUUCAAUCCUGCCGUUCUCACUAAAGCAAACAUUGUCCGAAGUGGGGAUGCUGCUCAAGGUGCAGAAGGAGGUACCUCACAGUUUCAAGUGGGUGAUCUUGUACAAGUUUGUUAUGAUCUGGAAAGAAUCAAACUUCUACAGAGAGGACAUGGAGAAUGGGCUGAAGCUAUGCUCCCAACUUUAGGUAAAGUUGGCCGAGUACAGCAGAUUUAUUCAGACAGUGAUUUAAAGGUGGAAGUUUGUGGAACAUCUUGGACAUACAAUCCAGCAGCAGUUUCCAAGGUGGCAUCUGCUGGAUCAGCCAUUAGCAAUGCAUCUGGUGAAAGACUCUCCCAACUCUUGAAGAAAUUAUUUGAAACCCAAGAAUCUGGUGACCUCAAUGAAGAAUUAGUUAAGGCUGCUGCCAAUGGAGAUGUUGCUAAAGUGGAAGAUUUGCUAAAAAGACCAGAUGUGGAUGUAAAUGGACAAUGUGCUGGUCACACAGCUAUGCAAGCUGCUAGUCAGAAUGGACAUGUUGACAUUUUGAAGUUACUUUUGAAGCAAAAUGUGGAUGUAGAAGCAGAGGAUAAAGAUGGAGAUCGAGCUGUUCACCACGCAGCUUUUGGAGAUGAAGGUGCUGUUAUAGAAGUACUGCACCGGGGCAGUGCUGAUUUGAAUGCUCGCAACAAGCGCCGACAGACACCACUUCAUAUUGCUGUUAAUAAGGGCCAUCUUCAGGUUGUGAAGACUUUAUUGGACUUCGGCUGUCAUCCUAGUCUCCAGGAUUCUGAAGGUGAUACCCCUCUUCAUGAUGCAAUAAGUAAGAAACGUGAUGACAUCCUGGCAGUUCUUCUAGAAGCUGGAGCAGAUGUUACCAUUACAAACAAUAAUGGAUUUAAUGCUCUGCACCAUGCAGCACUAAGAGGAAAUCCCAGUGCAAUGCGUGUUUUACUGUCUAAAUUACCAAGACCAUGGAUUGUGGAUGAGAAGAAAGAUGAUGGUUAUACUGCCUUGCAUCUGGCUGCCCUUAACAAUCAUGUAGAAGUGGCUGAACUGUUGGUACAUCAGGGUAAUGCGAACCUCGAUAUCCAGAAUGUGAACCAGCAAACUGCCCUUCACCUUGCUGUUGAACGACAGCACACCCAGAUUGUGAGGCUUUUGGUCCGUGCAGGUGCCAAAUUAGAUAUUCAGGAUAAAGAUGGGGAUACUCCUUUGCACGAAGCUCUGAGGCACCAUACCUUGUCUCAGCUACGUCAACUCCAAGAUAUGCAGGAUGUGGGGAAGGUUGAUGCUGCAUGGGAGCCAUCCAAAAACACAUUAAUAAUGGGACUUGGUACCCAGGGGGCGGAGAAGAAGAGUGCAGCAUCUAUUGCCUGUUUUUUGGCUGCCAAUGGUGCUGACCUUAGCAUUCGAAAUAAGAAAGGUCAAUCGCCGCUUGAUCUCUGUCCUGAUCCAAGCCUCUGCAAAGCACUGGCAAAGUGUCAUAAGGAAAAAGUCAGUGGUCAAGUGGGUUCUCGAAGUCCUUCCAUGAUUAGUAAUGAUUCUGAAACCUUAGAAGAGUGCAUGGUGUGCUCAGAUAUGAAGAGAGAUACUCUUUUUGGCCCAUGUGGACAUAUUGCUACCUGUUCUUUGUGUUCUCCACGAGUCAAGAAAUGCCUCAUCUGUAAAGAACAAGUUCAGUCAAGGACAAAGAUUGAAGAAUGUGUGGUAUGCUCUGACAAGAAAGCAGCUGUUCUUUUUCAACCUUGUGGACACAUGUGUGCUUGUGAGAACUGUGCUAGCCUGAUGAAGAAGUGUGUGCAGUGCCGGGCAGUAGUUGAACGAAGAGUGCCUUUCAUUAUGUGUUGUGGAGGGAAAAGUUCAGAAGAUGCCACUGAUGACAUCUCAAGUGGAAAUAUUCCUGUGUUACAAAAGGACAAGGAUAAUACCAAUGUCAAUGCAGAUGUGCAAAAGUUGCAACAGCAGUUACAGGACAUUAAGGAGCAGACCAUGUGCCCUGUAUGUUUGGAUCGUUUGAAGAAUAUGAUUUUCCUCUGUGGCCAUGGAACGUGUCAGCUCUGUGGAGACCGAAUGAGUGAAUGUCCUAUUUGUCGCAAGGCUAUUGAGCGAAGGAUUCUUUUGUAUUAAUUAAGAAACUCAGUGUGUUUUGUUAGCUAAAGUAUUUGGUCAUGAGCUCUUAGUGAAGCUGUUAAGCUAGUUGGACGUUCUAAUGAACUAAUUUUUAAUAUCAUAGUUUCUUUCCUAGAGUGUAAUUAGACUGUAAAUGUAUCAGAACAAAAAAAAAAACCUCUAUAAGACAGUGUUUGAAGUUGUGGUUUUUGUUUUUGUUUCUUUUAAUUUGAAACAUCAAAUCCAUAUAAUUCAUAGGUAAUUUACUUGUCACUUCUAAGGGGAAAGUCCUUUAAGAAUGUCCUGUUAUUUUUGUUUUUAUUGCAUUUUUCUUAUAGUUUGUAAAUUUGUUAGACCUCAAGAAAUGUAGAUCCUGAUGAUCAGCUGUCCUUCAGUUUAUUGUGAUUUUACACAGUUGACACAGGUACUCAGAAAAGUCAUGCAUCAAGUGAACAGGGCAAGUCAAACCAUUAUGCCGCAUAUAUUAAAUGACAAAAUUAUAAUAUGAGUUUUACAUAGUUAAUAUUGAAGAUAAGAUUAUCUGAAGAGAGGAUUAUCUUUUUAAGAUAAAAAGUUAUGCAAAUGAUUGUUUCUGAAUUCUUACAGUAAAUGGAAGCAUGGAAUGAGAGAGUAGUGACUUUGCAUUUAGCUUAAUUUAUAGACUUAAAAAGAAAAUUGUUAAACUUGAAUCAAAUUGCCAGUUUCAGAAUGAUUGACAUGAAAAGGAAGAAUAAGCAGUCACAGUGGGGAACUGAGGUGGGGGAAAGUGGCCAAUGAAAGAGUACCUUUUAACUGACCAUUAACAGUUGCCUUUCCUGUAUUAAUUUAUACACUGUUCUGUUUAGCCAGCCUUUAAAAAAAAAAAAAAAGUGUAUGAAAAGUGUACCUCAGUUUUCCCUGUGGUCACUUAUCCAGGCUUGACCUGACCAGUGAAAUGAUACUGCCCUAUUUGGGCUCUGAGGUUGCAUGUUGCUUUUCUCAUGUACUGAGUAGUACCCCAGUGAUCUGAGAAGGGGUAGUGCAUUGUCUCAAGGCAACAAUCUUUUUUUUGUUCCUGUUGAUUCUGACAGUGUUACUGGUUCUACCUACAUCGUAAGCCCUCCUUCCAUUUUCUUUCAGUUGCUAAGACUUGUUAUAAAGAAAACACUCUUUAUCUACAAAUGAGGAUAUUAUUUAAAUUGCCAACAGUAUCCAAGACAUAGUAAGUAACCUAAUAAUAAAUACUUUAGAAAGAGUGACCAGGACAUUUACAGAAAUAUGUCUGAUUAUCUGCAGUUUUUCCUUUAACUCAAACUUUUGAUUCUAGAGCAUCUAAUCAUUUUCUGCCCUUUAAAUGAGUAAUGUUACUCUGUCUAGGAUGAAUAUACAUAUAAAUAAGUGUUUUGAGGUCAUUGCUGCUAGAUUAUAAAAAUAUCACCUGUUUACAAUGGUGUCUACUAUAUACUGUGUAUAAGCUUACUCCUAAGGAUAGUUAUCUUGUAGCUUUUUCUUUUCUUUUUUUCUUUUGAUUCUGGUUAUUCCUUCCUUCCUUCCUUCUUGCCUGCCUGCCUGCCUUC